AUGAGGAUACUUACCUGGAACGUAAAUGUUCUGAGGACAUGUCUAGAUUAUCACCCAUUCAGCGGACUGCCCAAGAAGAAUGUGGAGGGGCUGUUGGACCAUCUGGAUGCUGAGAUUAUGUGUUUUCAGGAACACAAGACCCCUCGAGCUAAACUCGAAAAAUCCAUGGCCUGUCCCGGACCAUACGACGGUUUUUGGACAUUUCCUCGAUCCAAGACUGGAUAUUCUGGUGUCUGUACAUACGUCGACUCCCGAUACUGCGUCCCCUUCAAAGCCGAGGAGGGUAUCACGGGCAUCUUGCUGGGCGAUCGGUUGAGCACCAUGAAGCCGCCAUGGACUGAAGAAGAGAGGAUAGGAUCUUAUCCCGAUGUGGAUAGUAUGAGGUGGGAUCCGGAAGCAGAUGGGGGAGAAUUUGAUGUGAAGAAGCUGGAUAUGGAAGGCAGAGCGGUAGUCUGUGACUUUGGGCUCUUCGUUCUUUUCAACCUCUACUGCCCAAACGAGACGAACGACACUCGCCGUCCCUACAAGAUGAACUUUCACUACGCUCUCCAUGAACGAGUCCGCCUCCUCCAAGCAGCCGGUCGCCAAGUCAUCAUCGUCGGUGAUAUCAACAUCGUCCGCGCCCCCGCCGAUUCUGGUGAAGGGCCUGUCCGCUCCAGCGCUGCUCAGCACUAUGAGCAUCCGGCGAGGAGGAUGCUGGACGACUGGUGUGCGCCGAAAGGGGAGAUGGUUGAUGUGGUUAGAGAGAGCUGGCCAAGGAGAGAUGACAUGUUUACGUGCUGGAAUACGAAACUCGAUGCUCGAUCAUCAAACUAUGGAAGCCGUAUAGACUAUAUCCUCUGCACCCCCGGCCUGCGCCCUUGGAUCAAAGGCGGUGAUAUACUCCCCAAGGUCUACGGCUCCGACCACUGCCCGGUAUACAUUGACCUACACGAAUCCAUCACCCUCCCCUCCGGCGAGACGCUCCACCUCCGCGACCAGCUCAACCCCCCAGACCGUCCGCCCAGUACCGCACCAGUCUACCCCAAUGCGGUGCGGAGGGAAGCACCAGAGCCUCCUCGGUUUGCGACCAAGUUCUUGGACGAGUUUUCGGGCAAGCAGACGACUUUGAAGAGCUUUUUUGGAGGAGGAGGGGCGAAGAAGGUGGUGGAGAGAGGUCAGGGGAAGGAGAAGAGUAGUGCUUUGCCAAAGACGAGUGCGAGUCCUGCGCCGCCCCCUGCGCCGUCGCCCUUGGCGUCAGCGCCCGUGGGAGGCGAUACGCCCGCCCCGCCAGUGCCAAAAUCAGUGCCGGUGUUGACACCAGCUGGUGAAGAGCCUAUGUCUGCUCCUCUCAGCCUGGCAAAAUCAGCUUUCAGCUCCCUCGACAGUCCUACUCCAGUUCUGCCAUCAGCCGAACCGGGCGAUAAAUCUGCUUCUCAAGCGGGUAAGGCAUCUACGACCGCAACGACUGCUCCCGCUUCGUCCAAAGCGAAAGGCAAAGCAAAAGCAACAAGUGGCCCUAUCGACAUGACCUUUUCCGAUUCGGAUGAAGAGCCCGUCUCCACAUCUGCUUCCAAGCCGAAAGCUACCACAAAGCCUGCCAAAGGCGGCUCAAAUGCAAGAGGCGAAAGCGAGUCUUCUCAGGCAAAGCUUUCGUCGUUCUUCUCCCAGCCUAGUAACAAUGCGAAGCGGAAGUCGCCUCCAAUUUCCUCCUCCUCCUCAAAGUCUAAAGCCCGACGUCAAUCCCUCUCGCAAACUCCUUCCAAAACCCCGGCCCCUUCCGUCUCUCAGAGCAGCACCACCCAAUUAAAAGAAUCGGGUCUAUCAGAGGAAGAACAAAACCUCAUCUCCCAAGCACUCGCUACAUCAGAAGCGGAGCGCGAAGCCAAAAUCGCCACUGCCGCACCGCGAUGGGACCAAUUGUUUGCAAAGAAGGUCGCUCCCUUGUGUUCGGUGCAUCAAAAACCGUGCAAAGACUUCAUUGUGGGCAAGCCGGGUCCGAAUAAAGGAAAGAGGUUUUGGCUUUGCUCUUUACCGGUGGGGGCGGGAUAUGAUAUGGGUCGGUCGAAAAGGGCAAGGGUGGAUGUCAAUCCCAAGUUUAGGUGUGAUUUGUACGUCUCCAUCUCUACUGGUGCCCUGGAUCGAAGGGUUUGA